AUGACAGAUUACACYAAAGRAAAUGAAGAAAACUAUAACRUGUCUGGUGUGCAGGGCAGAAUUAAAAAUGAUACGAGUAAAGGACUAGAAAAAGAUUUUAUUAACGGUGGUGAAGACAUGACCAMCACGGAUCUCGAAGGAAAUGUCACUGACGCUGAACUUGCCAAGAAGAUGACCAACGUAACGGAAGUCCAUGGAUACAGAAAAACUGUUGAAUCUAUAUUUCCCAAGAUUACAUCAUUCCUUGAUCAGCCAAUCACAGUCAACGAAAGCACCUCUCUUAUUCUACCAUGCAAUGCCACAGGGUACCCAAGCCCUGAUAUACAAUGGGUAAAAGCGAAUGACUCUCUUGCAGAAGAUCGUCAUACCUAUAACGGCCAGUUUCUGAAUGUUAGCAAUGUUGUGUACGAAGACCGAGGGGUGUACACAUGUUUUGCUAAUAACACCGUUGGUGUGGUCAAUAGGAGCGUCGAGGUUGUUGUACAAGUUUUCUCGUUUCCUGAAGCAACUAUUUCGUGGACGAGACCUUUGUGGACUCUUCAACAUGACGAGAGGUUUACAGUUGCGAAUGGAAGUCUUGUCAUAAGUAACGUUACGAGCACUGAUCUUGGACUCUACGAAGUAGUGGCCAGGAAUUUACUUGGAGAGGUCAAAGCAUCGACAUUUUUGGUUGUGCAAGAGCCAGUCGCUCCCUGGGUAAGGCUUACUCCAACUGAAACAACGGUGGCAGUCAUACCUGGAGAACGUAUUGCAAAAAAAUGUACCGCCUUCGGUCGUCCAAGUCCCAUGAUCCUUUGGAAGCGAAAUGGCCGUACAUUGCUAAAUACGACGAGCACUAGUCUUACACUGAGUAUUUCCAGUAUACAACAACAUCAGUUUGGAAAAUACUCAUGCGAAGCGUCCAAUGAAUUUGGCAUGGCCUCGCAGGAUUUUGAUGUUACAGGUGAAUGUGAAAGAGAAAACGUCGUGGAGAUAAUAAUUAAACAUAACCAUAUUGCAUUCUUUAUAGUAUUUCCCAAGAUUACAUCAUUCCUUGAUCAGCCAAUCACAGUCAAUGAAAGCACCUCCCUUAUUCUACCAUGCAAUGCCACAGGGUACCCAAGCCCUGAUAUUCACUGGACCAAAAGGAAGGAUUCUCUUCCAGACGAUCGUCAUACCUAUAACGGCCAGUUUCUGAAUGUUAGCAAUGUUGUGUACGAAGAUCGGGGGAUGUACAUAUGUUUUGCUAAUAACACCGUUGGUAUGGUGAAUAAGAGCGUCGAGGUUAUUGUUCAAGUGAGUCCCAAGAUUAUUCAAAGACCAAGCAAAUUUGAAACUGGUUACUUAUCGCUUUCAAAACGUCUCAAUUUUCAAGUUUUCUCGUUUCCUGAAGCAACUAUUUCGUGGACGAGGCCUUUGUGGACCCUUCAAGAUGAUGACAGGUUUACAGUUGAGAAUGGAAGUCUUGUUAUAAGUAACGUUACGAGCACUGACCUUGGACUAUACGAAGUAGUGGCCAGGAAUUUAAUUGGAGAGGUCAAAGCAUCUACAUUUUUGGUUGUGCGUCAGGCAGUCGCUCCCUGGAUAAGGCUUACUCCAGUUGAAGCAAAAGUCAUAGUCGCACCUGGAGAACGUAUUGAGAAAAAGUGUACCGCGUACGGUCGCCCAAAUCCCAUGAUACUUUGGAAGCUAAAUGGUCGUACAUUGCUUAACACAACAAGCUCUAGUCUUACACUGAACAUUUCCAGUAUACAAGAAAAUCAGUUUGGAAAAUACUUAUGCGAAGCGUCAAAUGAAUUUGGCAAAGCAUCGCAGGAGUUUGAAGUCACAGUAAUACUGUUAAAUGUUGUAAGUGGUUGUGAGCACAGUAAAAUCGACAGCAGCAGUGGUUACAUCAGGACACCUGGGUACCCUGGAAGAAAAUCAAAUUCAUAUUCAUGUACUUGGACAAUUUCCUCUAAUUACCAAGUUCGUCUUACUUUCGAUCGCUCAAAAGUGAACUCCAAUGAUCUAGUAAUUCUUUAUGAUGGUGGCUCCAGUUCUUCUAAACAAAUUGGGUCUUAUAGGGGAAGUUCGCCGUUCGCCAUAUCUGUCACCAGUUCUUCCAAAAAGUUACAUAUAAAGUUUAUUAGUGUAUAUAAUGGAUACUAUUCGUAUACAUAUAGAGGUGGAUUUUCUGCUAAGUAUGAAGGGAUCUUAUAGAUCGAGUAACAUGUGAAAAAAGGAGACUUCAGUUUGGUUUAUUCAUUCAAAGGGUUUGGGAAAGUCUGGUGGCUGCCAUUUUGUGUAGCAAAGCAUGAUGGUAGCUGUAGUCCUCGUGCUUUUUUUCGCAGUAAUUGCGCAUAUUGCAUGAGCUUUUACACUUCGAUUAGCUAAGUGCAAGUUGAUCUUUUUGCCUCACCGCUUCUUUUUUUCUUAUUAACAGUCAUGUAAGCAUAGUCAAUAAAUGGUAAACAAAACACACUUUAUACUUGGCUUAUACACUGUUUUUGAUCAGUGCCGAACUAAAAACGGAAGAAUUUUUUCCUUGCGCACAAUCAAAGCUGUUGAGUAAUACGUAUUUCAUGUUCAAUUUGACUUUGCUAUCAUUAUCAUUUAAUGCUUAGCCAGGGGGGAUUCAAUUUUCUUAAAUUAGUUUUGAUUUCCAAAAUUAUUAUUCUUCUCUUGAAAUGGCAAAAAAAAUUCAGUACUUUAUCCAGUACAAAAUUGUCCUUUAACUUAGUGUGAGCAAUAAAUAAUCAUGUAUAAUACAAAUAUACAAUAUAAUCAGACUKCACAUAACUCUCGAGACGGCAAUCUGUGAACAACUUUCCCGAACUCCUGACGGAGGAUCGGCGACGACAUCYGUCUCUUAAUAACAUCGAUCCACUAGAUCGACUGAUAGAUAGGUUGAGGGCAAUUUACACUGUACGAAAGUCGCGUGCAAAUUGUAGUAUACGAUUUUGCUAUGACCGUUUUUCAAAACCCUACUACAAAUCAUAGGGGCAUUWACACGGUGCGAUUUGGAGCUCAUUUGAGUCGUGUACUACAAGUCGCACGCGACAAUCGUACCAUGUAAAUUUUCCUUUAAUCAUAUCUUUGCUUCUAAUCACAGCUAAUCGUCUUCUUCAUCAAUAUUCUUCUCCGAAGGUUCUCCAAACUUCAAUGAUUCCGUACUGAUCGUCUUAAAAUGACUAUCGACCUUUUCAGCAAUGGAUUUAAUCAAACUUGCUUGAGCGUCCAUUGCAUUUACUAAGGCUUUGAUCUGCCGUCUGUUCUUUUCUAAUGUUUCCGCCAUAAUGUUCACGUUGUUCUCUUCUCGCUCAGAAGUUUGUUCGCCUGUAGUUGAUGUAAGGUCUUUCAGGGCUCCUUGAAAGGAUGYCUGGAGCUUUUUYAAUCUGCAUAUAAAGAWUGGCAUGAUAAGMAUUGGURUAAUCCAAGCGGGAAGAUCUACUGUGGCUUGACGACAGUACACAMGUAGUCAUGUGAUUGUGAUAGGCUGGUUGGGGACAAGAAGUAUUACUUAUUCCCACUCUUAUUAAAAGACCGAAACCAGAGAACAUUUGCGCAAUUUUCUCACGAAAAAUCGCAAUCUUCUUCCAAUUUUUUUUAUUUUGAACCGAUUAGAAAGCAACUUUCAACAAGAGAUCAUUUAUAAGAGAAGGACACAGGAAUGAAGUCGAGCGUGCAAUGACAUAAGCAUAGCUAUUARCAGAACGCCAAGCAUAAGGAAAUGACCGAAGCACAAGUAUUGGCAAACACCUUGCUUUUGUCUUCUUCACCACUUUUAAUCCCCAAAUUGCUUGCGGGUUUUUUGAGCUUAUGCUUAACUUGCAAUGAACUGAAGUGCAACGACUCUAAAAUUACUAUCGUAGACAAUAUAUCAUACCUCCAAGAAAUUGUCUUUUUAUUUGGCAUGACGUCAAUGAUAGGCUUGUACAGUCGCCUUGUGAUG